CUUGUCGAUAUCAGAUAUCCCAUGCAAAUGCGUGCAAUACGUUUCACGUGCAUUAUUAAUUCUUGGUAGGGCCUACGUAAUUUAAUGGCCGAACUUCUGUGAGUGCGAACCCUCACUUUUUGUGUUCAAUGAUUUGUUGAAAGAUCCACGUGCGUAAACCAACAUCAGUAAAACAGAAACGAGCGUCGUCGAAUGGAUAACAGUCUUUGGGAAGAUGUAGUCCAAGCAUCAUUGGAAGCAACAUGAUAAUUAGACCGUUAUUUGGAGGAUUUGUGGUGCAGUUGUGGGUGGCAGUUUCUGUGUUAGUCGUGUUUGAUAAGGAGUGCGAAGCCAUCCCAGAGCUGUACUUCACGGUCUUGCCGUCCAGUAUUACGGUCCGGCGAGGCGAGUCCGCUGUUCUCCCCUGUGCAGCCUCCGGAGACCAGCCCAUCAAUAUUAGCUGGCGUCGGGGUCGGGAGGCAUUGCCGGGCCGUUACGGAGAGACCCAGGUCCUGCCCAAUGGUUCCCUGGCGUUGCAUUUCAGCGAAGAGGAACCAGCGUGCACCAAGAAAGGGUUCCAGUGCUGUGCGACCAAUCCCAAUGGGACAUUGUGUGGUCCUGCAGUGUCGGUCAGAAGCACAGAGCCCCCCAGCAAGCCGGUCAUAAUCCCCUCGGAUGUGACAGUGGUUCAAAAUGGCUCCAUCCGACUCGAGUGUCAGUCUACCACGCCCCGGCCACACCCAUUCCUGUGGGAGAAAGACGGGGAGGAGUUAGGUCAGGAUGAAAGGUAUACGUUACUUCCCACGGGAGUGCUCCAGAUAACCCCAGCGUAUCCCGAGGAUGCGGGGGAGUACCGCUGCAUCACUGGUAACCCAGCUACCCUGCUGACUACCAGCGAGUCCUCGGGGGUGACCGUCGUGGCGGAGCCCUCCGUGUCGGAAGGGCAGGACGAGACGGGGUCACAGGGAGAACGCGAUCUCAUCCUAAGACAGCUUGAGGAUGUGACGAUGGGUACUCCAGUCGACCUGCUUGUCUUGGAGUGUCUAGCUGCGGGAAGCUGGGUGGACAUCCAGUGGAGUAGAAACGGGCCAGAACCGUUGCCGCUCGGACGAAGUCGUUUCAUGGGCAGCAAAAACCUUGAGAUGAGGGAUCUAACUCCCGAAGACAGUGGGGUGUACGCCUGCGAAGCUACCGACACCGGGACAGGAGAAACUGCCAGAAGGAGCGCCACAGUUCAAAUUGUGGAUUACACUGCCCCACACUUUACCAUGCGCCCAAUCAGCCAGACAGCCCCUUACUUUACCACGACCCGGCUGUCCUGCAGCGCUGAGGGCAACCCCCCUCCCCAAAUCCACUGGUACCUGAACGGCGAGCCAAUCAAGACCCGGCUCAUCAGUCAAGAGGUCGGCAGCGACAACUUGGUCAUCUGGAAUGUGGACCGAGAGCACGCGGGCAUCUACCAGUGUGUGGCCUCCAACACGGCGGGAACCGUUCAAACGAGUGCACUCCUCACCGUCAAAGUUCCACUCAAUAUUCCUGACCCACCCUAUAACCUAACGACCUACACCAUCGACAGCAGUCAGAUCAUGAUCAAGUGGCAGGCAGAUGAAGGAGUCUCGCUCUUCUCUUUACACUACUACAUGGAGCCAGAUGGAGAGGAGACACAAAUAGUAAUGGCAGAAGAGCACUCAAAGACCUACACAGUGAAGGACCUGGUCCCGUACACCAACUACACGUUCUACAUGCGAGCGUUCACUACAAAAGCCAGUGGCAUCUCUGAUAGGGUGCUGGGACAAACUGCUGAAGGAGUUCCAUCGAUAGCGCCUGAGUUUUCCCUGAUCAGUAGCCAUGCAAACACCGUGGUGGUCCAGUGGGAGCAGAUCACCAGCAUAGCCCUCAGCAAGGGCCACAUCAGCAAGUAUCGCAUCUGUUACCAGGAGAGUGGGUUGCCGCGUGUCUACACGUGUCGGGAGGUGGGGAGUUCAGAAAGCAACUUCACCAUUCGAGGCUUGAAACCGUCGACUGUCUACGACAUCCACAUGGCGGCGUCUACCAGUAAGGGAUUCGGGCCGGAGUCAGACGUACAGUCCAUCAGAACCACAGACAAUGGAAAUUGCUCAGUUCCAGUCAUGUUUCCGCUGGUGGCCACCGUUACCUUAAACGAGACCGGCAUUGCGUUGUCCUGGGCGGCCCAGAGCGAGGCUAGCGAGGUCCCCGUGCUGGGGUUCCAGCUGACUUUCUCCAGGGCAACUCACGACGAGAUCCUCAGCCUCCUUGCCGAGUCCCGGGGCUAUGUCUUCUCCGACUUGGUUCCGGGUGAGCAAUACAUCAUGGAGUUGAUACCUUACAACGAGUGCGGCACGGGACCUGCCUCCACAGCGAUAGUUGCCAUGCCAACCAUCACUGGAUCGACGUAUCCACCCCCGGAAAAUGUAAGAGCCACUUCCCUGUCCUCCACGAGUAUCCAGCUAAACUGGGAGCCUGUCCAGGGCGUUUCCCGGGCCUACUACAAGGUGGUGUACUUCCAGAACUCCGACAGACGGAAAGACGGUUCCAAGGAUGUUUACAGUACUAAUACAUAUGUUGUAUUGGACGACUUGAAACCCUUCACCAUCUACGCGUUGCAAGUGCGCAUCCACCAGACAGGGAUCGUAAGUCAAUUCAGUGACUUGGUCUACUGCAGAACCCAAGAAGAUGUCCCCUCGGCGCCAGUGGAUUUCAUUGCCAAGCCCUUGGACCCCCACACAGUCAGCAUGGAGUGGCGUCCCCCACUGAACCCCAACGGUGUGAUCCAGGCCUACAACAUCAUGUAUUUACCCUACACCCAGCAGGCCGACGGGCAAGAGGAUCUGCACUGGAAUAGGACACGCAAGAAAGGUACCGUGACCUCAUCAACCAUCAGGAACCUGACUAGUGACACCAGGUAUUACUUCUUCCUGCGUGCCUGCACGUCCGUCGGGGAAGGCAAACCGUCCACUGUGUUGGAGGUCAAGACUCCUCGGGAAACCAACUUGGACGUCAACACAGGAACCAGUAACAAUCCCGACGAACCCAGCGCCACCGAGAAGGGAUUGUUCAUUGGGAUCCUCCUCGGUACCCUGUGCAUUGUUUUCUGCACGGUGUUGGCUGGUAUCCGAUACAAGAGGUACCACAACACUCAUAAGAAGAAGAUGGCGGCCAGAAUGUCGGGCCAUAGCGGGCACAACGGCCGGCGAGUGCCUGUGUCACGUCUGUCGCGAAGCAAUAGUGUGGAGAUGGCAAUGACGUCAUUUAGUCCCAUGCUGCCUGGGGAAGUACCCACCAGACAACCUAAUGGCCAGGUCCAUUGUGAGUCACCGCUGCUCAGUCUUCGCCAGCCCCGUGAGUUUCCGGCCCCAGAAACACUCAGCGCCGAUGAGCAUGGUGAGCUGCCUCAGGUGAACAAACAACAGCAGCAGCAACAACAGAACAGACAUACUCUGCCUAGCACAUCCGACAGCGGAGUGGAACUCCCACCGAUGAGGCACGGCCUGCCGGCGUGCAGCACCUCGCUGACCGAGUCCGCAUCGGAGGACGGCACCGGCUCCUCGUGCCGCUGGACACCGUUGAGGGAGAGUACCAGCGGUGACAGCGGUCUGAUCGGAGACGUGGAGUUCUCGGCGGAGACCAGCCCCGAUUUCAUCGAGAAAGUCCUCCGGGAGUACAACAUAGGUGUUCAACAAGUUUGAGAUCGCUGACGGAUUUUUUUUGGUGAAAAAAACCUCAGCUAAGUUUGACCUCAGCUAAGUACACUCAGAUGAAUGUUAACCUCAGGGUUGUUCUAUUCAAGAUACCUCUGUAAAAAAAAAAUGAAACAUUGGAAUAUUUUCAAUGUUAGACGAGUCCAGGAGGGUAUUUGUGCCAUAAAAGACUAAACAGAGUACAAAACAAAAACAAUUACACCCUGAUCUCUGGGAGAAAAAAAAUACAUUGUAUGCAUUCACUAAUGUAGUUCGACCACGUAUUUGUUAUAGGGGUAACAGGAGUUUGCCCCAAAAUUCAUUAACCGGCAUAAUUCCUGGAUAUUUCACUGCUGUUUUCUAGUUCGGAGGUAAUACCGGUAUCUAGAUCAAUGUCAUCAGGACCUUUGUGUUUUAUAGCCAGCAGGACUUUUUCAUUGAAUGCAGUGGACGGCAUUGCUAGACCCGACCGACAAGAUUUGGGGAAUCUUUUUUUUUAAUUUUUAUCAACCUCCAUCUCAGGGAGCAAUGCACUUUUGGAGUUG